AUGAGUGAAAUACUUAGUACUAUCACCGACCCAACGCCAUCUGAGUUACCUAAACUUUCUGAGCUACCAGAACUAGAAGAAGGGUCAGAGAAGGGGGAAAGCGACUAUGAGACCGCUUUAGCUUAUCAAAAUACUGAUACAAGAUGGUUUACACAAUGGAUUGGUUCUGAAAAUGACUUCUGUGAUUUAUCACAAGACUGGUUAAUAAUCAAAGCUAAUCUGAAUGAAAUACUUCAAGAGGCUCAUAUUCAUUAUAAUGAUGAAGCCAAUGCAAUCUUUUGGCGAAGUGAUGGGCAAAUAGACUUAAAAAAAACUAGAGGUUUAACGUGGGCCAAGCCAUAUAAAGAAAUUGCAACCGAGUUAGAUUUCAAUGAAUAUUACCCACACAUCUUAGCUUAUGGAAGUACAUGCUGGCCAAUAGGUCUAGGAGAAUUUAAAAUAUUUAUAUACAUUAGCAUUAAUCCUAUCAACUUUAAUCUAAAAUACGGAAUUUAUCAUGUUUUCAUAGGAGGACAGCCAGCAGGUCAAAAAUAUGAAAUUUUCUAUCAAUGGGCAAGUUAUCUUACAGAAAUCAAGCAUGAAGGUGGACAGGCAGAUAGACGAAGACCAGGUCCUCAUCGACACAUGGCAUCUUUUAUUUCAGCAAGAGGACGCAAAACAGUAUCAGAAAAAAUCAGAUCACUAGGCGAUCAUAUAAAGCGCGUCCAUACAGAUAAGUUUAUUCUUUCAGGUAAAAUUAGUGAUCAGGUGAUUGGAAAACAAGCAGGAGAGUUAAAAAUAGUUAAUGCAGGUAAUGUCUCAAUAAAGAAUGCAAUGCGACUAGAGUGGACUAAUUUUGAAGAAAUAAUCCCAACCACAUCCACGAAGUUGAAAGAAUCAACCAUCCAUUAUGUAACUGCAAUGCCAAAUGAAAUAUUUGAAAGAAUUUUCCAAUACCACAGCAUGAAUAGGGAAAAAAUAAAUAUCUCCAGAGUCAAGUUUACUAAUGCAUUGAGUAAAAAUACGAAGCCAAAAUUAUGUGAACAACUAAGUUUUGAAAAUUGUGGGUCGCGUAUAAUUAACAAUAAAAAUUUAGAUGCAUUUUUAGUCGAGUGUCCUAAUUUAAAAUCACUUGCAAUAAGAGGUUCCAGACGCUUAAGCCCAAAAACAAUUACAAAAAUUCCAAAACUGGCUCCUAACCUAGAAAUGAUAGAAAUUAGUAAUUGUUUGCAGAUUAGAAAAGAUAUAAUAGCCGAUUUUCAAAACUUAUAUCCAACAAUAAGGCUUAUAUUCAUUGACUAUCUCAAACAGUGA